AUGAUAAUUAGUGAUGAGAGUCAAAAACCAGUUGCAGGAACUGCUGGUGUCUUAGGCCAAAAUUCUAGUACUGCAAACUAUGAUAUUGCUUUAUAUACUAGAAAUAAUGGACAUGGAAAUCAGAACUAUCAUGGAAUCAAUAACUAUGGAGGAAACAAUCAGAGGUUUAAAAAGAACUAUAACAGUUUCUGUGAACUCUUUGGAUUUCCUGCUAAUUUCAAGUCCAAGAAGAAAGGUGGUUCAGGUGGUGUACAUAGUGCACAUAAUGUGAACUUGAUUAAUGAUGGAAGUCUUGCUGAGAAUUUCACUCAGACUGGUCAAGAAGGUUCAAACUACAUAUAUGGUCAAAAUACAAAUGUAGGUGCUCCAAGACCGAUGGUUCUAGAUCAGAACUCUGGUGGUUCAAUGACACAAAGUCUCAAUGGUCAAAAUAUGGUUCAAAACUGUCAGAUGAAUCAAGAAGGAUAUCAAGGACCACUCACUAAAAACCAAUAUGAGCAGAUAGUUCAGCUGCUGAAUCAGAAGAAUGCUACUUCCACUUCUGCACCUUUUUCUGCUAAUGUUGCUGCUAAUAAUGUCACUAACAAUGCUACUACUUCAAGUGUAGAUAGAUACUAG